CCGGUGGUAGGAGGCAACUUGUCUCUGUGUCGGGUCAGCUGGUACAGCAGCAGCAGCAGCAGCAGCUCCUCUCUGACAGAUGUGAUUGUUGAACCAUGCGUGUUGACAGCGGCUAUAAACCCACAGAGCAGAUGCAGCGUGACUUCAGCCUCAGCGCAGAAAUGAAUAACCCGACAGCCCUGCUCGGAACUGGGACAAUUUGAAGAGGAAGAACUGUUGCACCUCCCGAGUCACAAUCGGGGUUUUGUUUUUGUUUUCUUUCUUCCCCGCCCUCACGCGCUCUAUUGUUGCUUUAAGUGCCACCUGAAGAACAGAGCAUUUAUGAUGAAAUGCAAGGCCAACCAGACCAGGACGUACGACGGAGACGGCUUCAAGCGAAGAGCGGCGUGUUUGUGUUUGAGAAACGAGAAGGAGGACGAGGUGCUGCUGGUGAGCAGCAGCCGACAUCCAGACCAAUGGAUUGUUCCCGGAGGAGGGAUGGAGCCUGACGAGGAGCCCAGUGGUGCUGCUGUCAGGGAGGUGUACGAAGAGGCUGGUGUGAAGGGAAAACUUGGCAGACUUCUUGGGAUAUUUGAGCAGCACAAUCAAGACAGAAAGCACAGGACGUACGUCUACACUCUAAUUGUAACAGAAACACUGGAGGACUGGGAGGACUCUGUUAACAUCGGUAGGAAGAGGAAGUGGUUCAAGGUGGAGGAUGCCAUCAGGGUGCUGCAGAGCCACAAGCCUGUCCACGCAGAGUACCUCUGCAGACUCGCAGACACCUGCAGCCCUCCCUACGGGCCUGUGUGUUGCCCCCGAACGAUGGACAGCAAGGCCCCUCACUAUGUCGUUUGCUCAACGCAGGACUCAGAGCUCUUCAACAGAUAGGCCUUGCAGCUGAAACUUCCUCUAGAGGACACUGAUGGACUAUACUGGAGCAUUGGUUGCUUUAUGAACACAGGUUUUUCACUCGAACAAUUUUAAUUUUGAAGAAAUUAAUUUAAAAAAGAGAACUUAGUAGCCCUUAUAAAGUGCUGUGAUGCUUUCUAGGUGUAUUUUUGGAUCUUUAAAGCAAAAGUUAGCAGACAGAUUAAAUGCAUUCCCCUUUAGGGGUUCAGUUACUGUGAAGUAAAGUUCUUACCGGGGUCUUACAUGUUUGACCUCAGUGUUCCCAGUAUGUUGGUGGUUUCCAGAAGACUGAAACUGGGAAAUGUUGGCCUUAAGAGGAAGCUCUGUUCCCACUCUGACUCACUGCCAAAUAAUUUCCUGUUGCAAGAGAAGGUAGCAGCCACAAGAGUGUGAAUGUUUUAGAACAAUUUUAUGCAUUUUUCCCUCCUGACACUCUAGAUAGAGUUUUCUUCUUAUGAGUUGGUUUAAAGUUAGCUUUGUUGCAAUAAUUGAGUCACCUGUUGCAACAGGCAGGGUUGUUAGUACUCUGUUUAGAACCUGAGAAAUUGCCUUAAAUAGCAUUGAGAUAUUAUUUAUAUAUAUAUGCACAUAUAUAAUGAGCAACAAUGAGGUAAAGACGAAUAAAGUUUACUCACUGGAUAAAAUAAUGUUAAGUAUCAUGAUGCCUUAGCAAGGAUCCCCAGAAGGAAAACAGGCCCACAACGUCUCAGAUCACCCAAUAUAUGGAACAGUGGCCUUAAGAUGUUUUUCCACACAUUCAACCUUUGUUUUACACCAUUAACUUGUUGUGGUCAAAAAGAUCAAUCUUACUUUAAUCUGACCAAAGCACACAGUUCAGGUUAAAGUCCCUGUAGCACAUGGCAACCUCUGCAUGUGUGAUGACGGAAAAGGUUUUUAUGGCAUGUUUCCCCAGCCCUCGGUUGCCAUGUCUAAAGCGUCUAAUUGUUGUGAUGAAGUACUUCGGUGACACCAAGAUGCCAUUGUUUUCUGCAGGUCUCUAGUAUUGUGCCUCAAAUUUGUGCUUUUCCCUCACUGCCCUGCUUACUGUUCAUUAUGUCAAAAUAAAUGAUCCUUUUCCAGC